UUCCUCCAAAGAGAAUCCAGAUUUUGUUCUCAUCCUCAAUCCCUCUCAUCUUCUUUCUAUCUGUGUGCGUGUCUCUCUCUCUCUGUCAUCCUCCUCCUCUUUCCAUCAAAUCACAAUCUUUGUUUAUAGAGAAACAAACAGUGGCCGGCCUCAUUGUCUCUACCUCCUCCUUGGCCCCUACCUGCCAUCAACUGCCCAUUUUUGCUGCAACCAACAGUUUGUUUGGGCUGCAUGAGUGUUCCCCUGAGAAACAAUGAGAGAUGGCAGCAACACCACCAAGAAGAGCAAGCUGUCAUGGUCCAAGAGCUUAGUGAGGAAGUGGUUCAACAUCAGGAGCAAGGCCCAUGACUUCCAUGCCGAUGAUGUAGCUGCAAUUGGGAGGAGAGGAGGAGGUGAUGAUGAGUGGAGGGGAAGCAGCUUCACCAGGAGGGAACCAACCACAGUCAAGAAAAGCAGAACAGAGAGGUCUUCGAGAAAAAGUCAUGAGCGAUCAAGGCGCGGAAAGAUCGACCUCGACGCCACCGAGGCCACCGUGACGUUAGACUAUAGUAGGAUCUUUGUUGCCACAUGGAAUGUAGGUGGCCGAUCACCCCCAAACAGCAUGAGCCUCGAGGACUGGCUCCAUGCUGCACCUCCUGCUGAUAUCUACGUCCUCGGGUUUCAAGAGAUCGUCCCGUUGAAUGCUGGCAAUGUUCUUGGAACAGAGGACAAUGGCCCGGCAAGGAAGUGGGUGUCACUGGUCAGAAGAACUCUGAACAACUUGCCGGGCACUAGUGGCAAUGGUAGCUUCCGGACGCCAUCUCCGGCGCCUGACCCGGUGGUGGAGAUGGACGACGACUUUGAGGGGUUGUCGUCGAGGCAGAACAAUGCAUCCUUCUUCCACCGCCGGUCUUUCCAGGCCGGACUUAGCCGGAGCUUGAGGAUGGAGGGUGACAUUCUUGCACCCCAGCCUAGGCUGGAACGGCGGUACAGCGUCUGCGACCGAGCUAUCUAUGGUCGUCGGCCUAGUGACUACGAGACGACCUGCCGGUGGGGAGGCUCAUCGGACGAUGAGAACAACACUGGUGAAUCACCAAGUACAGUUUAUUCACCAAUGUCGUACGGAUACGGCAAUGCAUCAUCUCUUGAAGAAAACCAUAGACCGGCUGGUCAUACUAGAUAUUGCUUGGUUGCAAGCAAGCAAAUGGUGGGAUUGUUUUUGAUGAUUUGGGCCCGGAAAGACAUAAGAGAUGACAUUAGAAAUCUGAAGGUAUCUUGUGUUGGGAGAGGAUUGAUGGGCUACCUUGGAAAUAAGGGUUCGAUUUCGAUUAGCAUGUCAUUGCACCAAACAAGCUUCUGCUUCGUCUGCAGUCACCUGACAUCAGGACAGAAGGAUGGUGAUGAGAUGAGGAGGAAUUCUGAUGUGCUGGAAAUCCUUAGAAAGACAAGUUUUCCAAUGGUUUAUGGACAGUAUGAGCGUUCACCAGAAACUAUCUUAGAGCAUGACCGAAUCAUCUGGCUUGGGGACCUAAAUUACAGAAUCGCACUUUCCUACCGAUCGGUGAAGGCCCUCGUGGAGAUGCGCAAUUGGAAAGCAUUGCUUGAGAAAGAUCAGCUAAGGAUUGAGCAAAGAGGUGGGCGAGUGUUUGUCGGUUGGAACGAGGGGAAAAUAUACUUCCCGCCAACAUACAAAUAUUCGAAUAAUUCAGACAAGUAUGCUGGGGAUGACAUGAACCAGAAGGAAAAGAAGAGAACUCCUGCAUGGUGCGAUCGCAUAUUAUGGUAUGGAAGGGGCCUUGGUCAAUUGUCAUAUGUUCGAGGCGAAUCUCGCUUUUCAGAUCAUCGGCCAGUUUACAGCGUCUUCAGCGCAGAAGUAGAAUCAAUCAAUCAUAGCAGAAUCCAGAAGAUGAGUUGUUCAAGCUCACAACUAGACAUUGAAGAAUUGCUGCCCUACUCAUACGGAUAUACUGAUAUCAAUCCAUAUGGAUACACCGACCUAAAUUUCUACUGAAAGGAUUUGAGAACUUCGAUCAUCGUAUGAAUGUCUAGUCCUGCAGCUAUUGAUGAGGUGGCUGCAUUGUUGAUGAAGAGUAAAGGACUAAAAGUGGACAAGGUCGGAUUUGAAUUUAGCAGAAUGCCAUAACAGCACAUUGAUCUUCAGAAGUUCACCAAGCGCUUGCAUGAUGCACAAGAUUUGAUUCAAUGGGACAAGCAGGUACUAUGGACCAUGUUUCUCUGAACUCUGAACAAAGUUACUACAUGCUGCAACUAGUAGGGAUGGUGUGACAAAUUAUUUAACUGACUCCAAAGAGAAUAAGGAACCCAGAUGAGCACUUACACAGCAAAGGAGAGGAACAACGGCAGAUAGGACGAUCAUUCAAUCAUAAGUACAGCAGUCUUUGGCCACCAACAGCAAAGAUACUACUGAGUACUGACAACAACGGCAAGCGUCCACCAGAUUUUUUUUCUGUACAUUGCUGGGCUUUUUUUUUUCUCUCCUUUUAUUCCCUGUUUUUGGACUGUAACGAACAAGUAGCCAUUUGCAGUUUUGCACAGUGCACUUCUCUCUGUGGGUGUUUUGAAAGCUGUAAGAAAGAGCUAUGAAUGCCUGCAUUGUCCAUAUCAUUUCCAUGGAUGGAAAAGGAUGUAUAGGCCAUCAUUGUCAUGUUUUUGUUUUCAUGAGCAUUGUCUGAUCAAUUGAGCUGACAAAAAGGCUACCAGUCACAU